AUGUCGAAAGUCGAUGCCAAUGGCUCUGCCAAACCUCGUCCUGCUUCUACCAGGCGGUCUCCCACUCCAGGAAAGGCCACGAUCCUUGCAAUUGGCAAGGCCUUCCCCAGCCAAGUGAUCCCGCAGGAAUGCUUGGUGGAGGGAUUCAUCCGGGACACCAAAUGCGAAGACGCUUCCAUCAAGGAGAAGCUUGAGCGCCUCUGUAAAACCACCACUGUGAAGACAAGAUACACAGUGAUGUCCAAGGAGAUCCUAGACAAGUACCCUGAACUGGUACGGGAAGGCUCUCCCACACUUAACCAAAGGCUUGAGAUUGCCAACCCAGCAGUCACAGAGAUGGCUCUCCAGGCCAGCCUCUCCUGCAUCAAGCAAUGGGGCCGGCCCCCGGGGCACAUAACCCACCUUGUCUAUGUCUCCUCGAGCGAGCUGCGCCUGCCUGGCGGUGACCUCCACCUCGCGACCCGGCUUGGCCUGAGGAGCGACGUCGGUCGGGUGAUGCUCUACUUCCUCGGCUGCUACGGUGGCGUCACUGGCCUCCGUGUUGCCAAGGACAUCGCCGAGAACAACCCCGGGAGCCGCGUCCUGCUGACCACGUCCGAGACCACCAUCCUCGGUUUCCGGCCACCGAACAAGGCCCGCCCCUACGACCUUGUGGGGGCCGCCCUGUUCGGGGACGGUGCGGCGGCAGCCAUCAUCGGGGCGGAUCCCUUGCCUUGCCAUGGAGAGUCUCCCUUCAUGGAGCUGAGCCAUGCGGCGCAGCGGUUCCUCCCGGGGACCCACGACGUGAUCGACGGCCGCCUCUCGGACGAGGGCAUCUACUUCAAGCUGGGACGAGACCUGCCUCAGAAGAUCGAGGCCAACAUCGAGGAGUUCUGCAAGGGCCUCAUGGCGACGGCCGGGCUCAGCGAGGGGUUCAACGACGUGUUCUGGGCGGUCCACCCGGGCGGGCCCGCGAUCAUGAACAAGCUGGAGAGCACGCUGAAGCUGAGGAGCGACAAGUUGGAAUGCAGCAGGAAGGCGCUGAUGGACUAUGGGAAUGUGAGCAGCAACACCAUAUUCUACGUGAUUGAGAACAUGAGAGAUGAGCUGAUGAAGAGAGAAGGUGGUGAGGAAUGGGGGCUUGCGCUGGCGUUCGGACCUGGCAUUACAUUUGAAGGCAUUCUCGUGCGCAGCCUUUCAUAA